ACGUCUCCUCGUAGUUUCUGUACAGUCAGGUGCUUCAGUGUUUGAAAUUUUGGCUGCCCUCUGAGAACUAUUAAUUUACAUUUCAUGGAAAGACUUUUGAGAUCCGAAUAAUCAAUAAAAAUAUGGUCAUGGAAACGUUUGCCUUUCUGCAAGCUAUCGCUGUUUUUGUAUUUUUGGCUCAUAGUAUGAAUAAAUAUGUGAUCUCUCAGAUCAAUAUACGUGUUGGUUUCCAAUUUCCUCACCAUGGACCCUAUCAAAUUGGUGACACAUUUCGAGGAAUAUGUGACGUGGAAUUACCACCUGAUGAAAAUAUAACAAACGUGGAUGCCUAUUGGAAAGUUGGGAAUACUGACUAUUGUUACAACGGUCAAAAAAUAUGGCUAAAUAUGAACUACACGUGCGGGGCAAUUACUGUACAGAAUACGACUUACUUCGAACUUCAAGUUCCAGACCUUACAUUAGAAGAUACUGGUACAUACGCGUGUAAAGUAAAGUAUACCACUAAAGGUCUUGAGAAUACUGAUUCUCAAAAUAUUACAGUCAUAGAUCCUUCCAUCACAAAACCACGUAAAACAGCAGAAUCAACAACAGUGACCACUCUAACUGGCAGUGACGGUAGGGGAGGAGCUGUCUCAGUAGAAACCAAACUUCUAUCAACUAUCGUCAUUAUGUUGUUACUCUCUCUAGUUUAUGUUUGAUUCUCAGUAGAAACCAAACUUCUAUCAACUAUCGUCAUUAUGUUGUCAGCUUCUCUAGUUUAUAUUUGAUUCUCAGUAGAAACCAAACUUCUAUCAACUGUCGUCAUUAUGUUGUCAGCUGCUCUAGUUUAUAUUUGAUUCUCAGUAGAAACCAAACUUCUAUCAACUAUCGUCAUUAUGUUGUCAGCAUCUCUAGUUUAUAUCUAAUUCUCAGUAGAAACCAAACUUCUAUCAU